UUCCCCCGGGAAGAAGCUCGCAGAAAAAAAGAAAUCGCUUUGGCGGUCAGUGCAUGGCGAGAGCGGGCGAUGGGUAUUUCCACGAAACAUUAGGUGGCUCACCAGCGCGAUGCCGAUGGGACACCUGUUUGGAUGCCAUGGCCAGCGAAAGUGAUCCAGACAGAGGGAGGAGCUGUGGAUCGGAGGACUGGGAUUGCAACCUCUCGCUCCAGGACCCGCAAACCCCGACUGGGCUGAACCAGGCCUGUCUUCUGAGUGAAAGUGAUCUGCUCUUCAGCAGCUCCAGUGAUGAUGACAGCAGCUCUAGGUCACCUUGGAAAUUUGUGCCUGAGACACCCAGCCCACUCCACUACAGAAAGAGGCUGCAUGAACUCGCAGGGACGUCGGGGGCAAGUGGCUCAGAGGGCCCCGUGGAGAGUAUACCAGCACCUCAAGCCAUGACAGAGUCCCAAGAUCUUAACACUGCUACCCCAGUGUACCAGGAACCCAAGCGCCGGAGAAUGUUGCUGAAGGGUUCAGUGGGCGAAGCAGGAGCUGUCCUGGGUGGGGGGUCCAGUGCUGGUUCUUCUGACAUGCCCCCACCCAGUGGAUCUGACACUGCCUUGUCUCUCACGGCACCCAGCACAUCUGUCUCCAGUCAGUUCAAGAUCUCUCCUCCUUUCCUGUCCUUCUCUGCCUCUACUGAGGUGCCAGGGGCAUCAAAUGACUUAGCCAGAGAGGCCUCUGAAGGCAGCAAACAGGGCCAGCUCUCUGCUGUGUCACACAGACAUGGCCACAGGAUGGCAUUAAAGGUUGGCACCAGAGCAUCUUCCAGGUCAAAGGACGCCAAGCAGGCUUCAUGCCCCCCUGUGCCUAUUGAGUGCCAGCAAGCUUUUCCCUCCAGUUCAGAGGUGGAAAGUACCUGGCUCCUUUCAGGCGAGCCUGAACACAGCAUCUGGGAUGGUGCUGAGGCCUCCAGGGGCCGGCAACCUGCAAGGAAUCGUCAGGAGCAGGAGAUCAUCAUCAGCGAUGACGAGGAGAUCUCUGUGGAGGAUGUCGUUCGUUCAGCUCAGGUGGAGGAGGACGAAGCAUUUGCCAGGAGUCUCCAGGCGCAGUAUGACUGGGAGGACCACCAACAGCAGCAGCGAGGAGGCAGACGAAGGCAGGCCUUUAGCCAGCCCCCGCCACUUCUGCCGUAUGAAAUUUAUGGAGGAUUGAACUGGAUUUCUCAUCUAACCUCAAGGAUGGACUCCAGUCCUGGCCUCUUCUCCAAUUUUUCAGAGUUUUUAGGGUUAGCAGAAGAAAGGCUGAACAGGCAUGGUGGACGCUCGCGAGCUGGAAGGGGGUCCCGCCAUCGCCAUGCACACCUAGCAGCUCAAGACCUACUAGAUGACAGCCAGGGGAACAACUAUGAGGCUCUGCUUGCCUUUGAGGAGAGCCAGGGUGCAGUUGUUGCCAGGAAAGCCAUGAGCAGUAGGGAGAUCGAAAGGCUGCCUGUCAAAGCAUUUAACCCUAUCCACAGUGCAGGAAAAACAGAGUGCCAGAUUUGUUUCUCUGAUUACGUGGAAGGGGAAAAAUUGAGGAUGCUUCCGUGUCUCCAUGACUACCACAUGCAGUGUAUUGAUCGCUGGUUAAAGGAAAACGCCACUUGUCCUGUAUGCAGAGUAGAUGUGUCUGAGUCUGGCAGUUGGAAAGAACCAUUGUGACCUCAUGGAAAAUUUACCUCUACCUCAAUAGUCCAUUGCUGGGAAAACAGACUUGUCACAAUUUUUGUACGCUGUCUGUUGGCUUGGUUUGUAUCAUCUAAAUUUACAGCAUUUAUUAGAUGCUGUUGUACCUAGGUAAAGAGUAUAUCCCCAUUUGAAUGUUUCUGAAAAUACAACUCACAUCUGCAUUCCUUGUUUGGCCUUUUUCUAGUCCAUGAAAAUGUAGAUUAGAAGGGAAGCCUUCAAGGAUAAAAUACCUUGGAUUUUAAUCUUUUGUUUAGGGUCAGAUACAAACAGUCCACCUUCUUCAGUAAUGUGAGGGAUUAUCACAAGCUGAAAGUGACUUUAGUGGGAGGGGGCAAAGAUGUACACCUAUGACUGUGUAACAUGCAACUUUUGUUGUAGUUUGAAACUUUAUUUAGCUUGUUU